ACUCACGCUUUAAUUUCAAUACUUUUCGAUGCUUGCUUCACAAGAGAUGUAUACACAAGAGAUAGAUAUAUAUAUAUUUCUUUUUAAAAGAGGAGUUCAUGAUUUUUUCUAUAGAGGGCACUAAAAGAAAAAAGUCAGCGCAGAGGGUUGCAUGUGUCAUCAUAACCUUAUACAUUCGCGUAUUCAGGUGAAGUUCGUAGCUGAAUUCAUACUGAUUUCUAAUGUGCAAUCGCUAGUCGACAGCUACUGCGAGAUAUCGAUGUUAAACGUCAAAGUAAAGAUGGCGUGGAUUUGUAUUGUGUCUGGUUUUUAAACUUUAUUUGAAUCUUAUCGAAACGUGACAGGAAAAGAGAAUAUAGUCAUUUGAUAUAUUGUUCAUAAAAUUCAAGAUCGCACCAAGGAUCUUUAACGAGAAAAAACGUAAAAACAUUUUUUGAAAGGUCACGUGCAACUUUGUCCACAAGUGGCAUUUUAUACUUAACCUAAUCUCGCGUGAACCUUGAACCAUCGUGUUUAAAUUGAUCCUAUGUAUAGGAUCUUUAUUAGUCUUGAAGAUUCAACGAAUUUUUAAUUUAAAACCGUUUUUAUUACUGAAAUAGCAAAGAUUGGUUUUUUAGGCAAAAGGAAGAGCCAGAAAUUUUCUUUGAAGUUAUAAUUAAAUUCACAAUUUAUCAAACAUAUUUUGACUUGUUUUUGUAUCAAUAGACAGCUUCGUUUGAAUGUAGAAAAUAUAUGUAUUCGGGUGAAAUGCCUAAAAUAAAAACCAAGCAAACGUCAAACAAUUUAUGGAUAAGACAACGCGAACUAGGCAUAAGAUUUCCUCUGGGUCAUAGUGAUCGUUUUCACAAAACUCUUUACUCUUCCAUUUUUCCCAUAACAUCUUGGGAUCAUGGAGAUAAUUUGGCUGUUGCCAGACAUGGUGGUGUUUUUAAUUUGGAGUAUUCGCCAGAUGGAUCACUUUUAUUGGCAGCAUGUGAAAAGAAAAGUAUUCUGAUGUUCGAUCCAUUAUGUAGGAAAUUAGUACGAGCUAUAGAUAAUGCUCAUAACGAUUGUGUGAAUUGCGUAAGAUUCCUGGAUCAACGGAUGUUCGCUACCUGUUCUGAUGAUAGUACUGUUGCUCUCUGGGAUGCUAGAAAUUUGAAGCAGAGAAUAAGAACUUUGCAGGGACAUUCUAAUUGGGUUAAGAAUAUAGAAUAUAGUCCAAAAGAUGGUUUAUUAUUAACUAGUGGAUUUGACGGUAGCAUAUAUACUUGGGAUAUUAAUAGUUUUACUGAAAAUAGUUUUCUUUAUACUCGUGUCUUUCAUACAAAUGGAUUGAUGCGAACGAGACUUAGCCCUGAUGCCAGUAAAAUGUUAAUAUGUACUACAUCUGGAUAUCUUAUUAUUAUACACAAUCUCAAAUUAAGUACCCUUGCACAAGACUUGGCUGGAUUCAAGCCUAACAUGUAUCGACUGAUGCAAUUAUCUCAAACCACUAUACCGGUUGCUGCCACUUAUACACAUUUGUUUUCUCAUUCUCGUACACAUAACAGAGUAGAAUUCUUAACGGAUUUUCCUGUUGGAGAUGAUGCUGAAGUAAUUUCUAGUCUUCAAGUACAUCCGCAAGGAUGGUGUGCCUUGUCUCGAAAUAUCAGUAAUGGAGAAAAGUCAGAGUGGACUUGUAUUCAUGAUAUUCAAGAAAGAGAUAUGUCCGAGUGUAUCGAUCAAGUGAAAGAAGCUGAAGAAACGUCUCAAUUCAACGAAUCGACGAUCGAAGAAUUUGAAGAGUCACAACAGCCGCAAUCUUCACGUUCAGGAAUAACGUCGUCCUUCGUGAUUGAGAGCGCAAAUCGUGCGAGAGUCGUUCACACUGUAUCUGAUGUAAGGCCAAACUCAUUUGCUUCUACAGAAAAUUCUCAACCGAUAACACCAUCAAGAGCAAUGAGUUGGCGGGAAAGUUCGCGUCGUAACGUACGUUCGCAAUCGAGAAGUCCAAGACCGGAAAGGAACUUCGUUAGGACCAAUUUCGGUUUAGUUGAAGUAAGCUCGAACGAUUCUCGAACGAACGCGAAUCAAGAGGAGGAUAGACAAGAUGGUAGAUAUAUUGUUGCUGCGGAGGAUAAUAGCGAAGCUGCGAAUGAUGAGUCGGCAGAUGAUCGAAAUAGAGAGAGAGAACAAGAAUAUAGAUCUCAGAGAUCGAAUUCGCAAUUGAACGAUUUAAGAAGACGCAAUGUAAUUGAUAAUUUUUCUACUGCCAAUGUAGAAUUGUACGUUAAUAACAGUGACGUUUGGGAAGCUCUCGUAGCAAUUAGAGAAGCGAGACUUCGGAGGGAUCGCGAGAGAGAAUUUUAUCCGGCCACUGAAAGAAGAGACUGGUUAUCUAGAUCGAGCAAUGGCGUAAGUGUUAAUAUCCCUCGUUCAUCCCAUACCGUCGUUAUAAUCGGUGAUAGAACUAGGGCGCAAAAUCAGAACAGACAGGGCCAACAAACGAUGUACGCGAUACCAAGAAAUCAUAAAAUAUAUCAGAAUACACCGAGAUUAACUCAUUACAUAGAGGAACCAAACGUUGGUUCUGGUUAUAUCAAGGAAUUGUGUUUCUCUGCAGAUGGUAGAUUAAUAUGUUCGCCUUUUGGUUAUGGCGUACGGUUCUUAGCAUUCUCCAGCGAUUGCGCCGAAUUAUCCAACUGCGUUCCUCCGGCUAACGAACCUAUGCAACUUUGCGAAAUAGCGACUAGCCUCAGUCACGGUGACAUUGUAGUUAGCACGAAAUUUUCACCAAAGCAUUGCUUGGUCGUUUCGGGUUGUCUCAGUGGAAAAAUAGUUUGGCAUCAGCCUGUACUUUAGUUGAAUCUAUUCUUCGACGAAAUUAAUACCUUUUUACAAUAUUAAAGGAAUUGCGCUUCUUUUUCGUAGAUCCAUUUUGUCGUUUGCUUUAUACCGAGCAACGUUUUCUUCACCUAGUUUAUUUUAUUUUUCUUUCGUUUUUUUUUCCUUUUUUUUUUUUUUU